GUGUUGUUGUGGCGGCCGCUCGUUUGGUGUAACUUUCACCUCCGAACCAGUGUCUUCUUCUCUCCCUUCUCCUCCUGCAGUGCUGAUAUUUAUGCGACAAAAGUUACUGUGCACGCAGUGCGCGAGUGUGUCAUCUGUGUGCGGUGUCUGCGCGCUUCGUGCAGGGAGAUACGGAAUCCGGAGAAUUGGUCACCCAGUUACAAGUCAAUUGUGACCUAUUGUUCCAGCUUUAUUGUGCAUUGUGGUGGUGCAGCGAAUUGUUUGUGGAAUUGCGACACAGUGCGACAAAGCGGAUCGACCCCAAUUGUCAAUUCUGUUGCACUAGGCUCCUGAGUUGUGCUGUGCGGCUGUGAACCUUCUAUAUCGCGGUGUGCAACAGUGUGUGCCGCAAAACGCGAAUUUUGCGGAAUUGCUGAUUCGAAACAUUAACUCGGAUUCACUUGAAACAGAAGCCAAAAGGGGACUUACAAAGCUUACAGUCCAGUGCUGAGAGGUCGAACGUGCUUCUCAAGAAUCGGCGAAACUAGGCGCUCCAGCUUCGGAGUAGUGGCGAGUAGUGAAAAGGUGGAAGUUAAGGGGAGAAAACUUUGCCACACACCAUCACGAUGGAACUUUCGAGGAUAAAAGUGCUCCACUGUGGCGUAAUAUUGCAGCUUCUGUUCGUCUUCGCCUCUCCGUUACCAUACACGAAGUAUGGACGUACCUGCAGCGAUAUCGGUUGCCUGUCCAGCCAGGUGUGCGUGAUGGCGUACGAGUCGUGCUCGAUCGGGCAGCGCGAGGGCAACGAUUGUGGCCGGUUUCCGACUUGCAAGAAGAACACCGAUCCCAGUGUCAGUGGUGGACCGAGCGCGGGUGCCACCAACGUGUACAGCAACGGACCGAAACCAUCCGCUCCGGUAGCAUCCGGUGGCAGCAACGAUGACGAUGUGCUGGGCAGCCUCGGUCUCAACCCGAACAAUCCUUACGGCCAGCGGCCAGCACCGGCCCCAACCCGUCCCUCCCUUUAUCCUUCGCUGCCAACGAACAACAACAACGGAGGUGGCGGCCAGUAUGGGAAUGGUGGAUACUCCGGGGGUGGCGGCGGUGGCCAGUAUGGUAACGGAGGAUAUUCUGGAGGUGGUGGCGGAGGUGGUGGCCGCCCUUCGUCCGGUGGUUCGUUCGAUGGCGCUGGUGGUAAUAUCGUGGUGCCAACGCAAAAACCGGCUCCGGCCGGUGGCGGUGGAUUCUUCGGUGGCAUCUUAAGCGGAGUGCAGAAUGCUGUCUCGAAUGCGGUCAAACAGCAGGUCGGAACGUACAUCAAUCAGCGGCUCGGUUUGGGACCGGCAGCCGGGGGUGCGGCCGGUGGACAGGCCGGUGGUCUCGGGGGUCUGUUCGAUGCGCGCAACCUCAUCGACACCAAGCGUCUCGGUGGACUGUUUUCCGAGAACAACCGACCAGCUGGCACCGGCUCCUCGCAAGGUGCACAGGGUGGUGGCCAAUCGUACGGUGGUGGUGGUGGUGGUAGUUCAAUCGGUCCAGGUGGCUAUCCGGUAACGGUGGAUCAACGUACCUCGGCUUCGCAGUACGCACCACAGUACGCUCAACCGGGUCAAAGCUACGGUUACCAGAACGCUCAGAACUCCUACUCCUCCAGCAGCAGUCGUUCCCGGGCCGCUAGCACCGCACGUCCUGCAUACGGAUGGAACACACAGUGAGGAGGAAGCCUCCUACCACCCUUAAAUACUCUGCACCAAUACUCCGCACCAGCGCACCCGCAUUAUGUGCAGCAUUAUGUUAUCCUUUCCAAAACAGACACACACGCGCGACACACAUUCAUACUCACAGCGCUAGCAAGGCGCUAGCAGGAGCACCUUAUCGUUCUGCUUUAAACGGGACCCCUGGAAAAGGUAGCCAACCACCGGAAGACCAGACGACGCUGCUCUAAUGAUGUAUCUCAUUAGGGCGAGUGAGGGAGAGAGAGAGGCAGCGCACGCGAACCACCACGUGUUUGGCAGGCAGUUGGUGGAAUGAGGGUGGAAGCUUCAGUUUCGAUUUUCUGUGUGUUCUUUAAAACGUGUACACAUUAUACCUUUAUAUUUCUUUUUUGAAGCGAUCUAUAUUUUAAUAAAAAAAAAACAAGUGUGACUAAACCAGAACGAGAAUAAAACAGAUCCCCAAUAAACUCAAAGAGUGGAACUGGAA